CUUGGCGCUUUCCGCCGUGUUGCGGCCGCAGUGAGCGUCGGUGUGCGUAAAAUGGCGGACGGUGACAUUGAUUUGUACGCCGACGAUCUCGAGCAAGAUUUCGCGCAGGAUGAAUUUGCUGGAGAUGGCGUUGAUCUUUAUGAUGAUGUAAUCGCUGCUCCUGCAGGAGGUAAUGGUGGCGUUUCUUCCGGGAAUGCUGGAGAAGGUGGUGGUGAUACCACAUCUCCAAAUGAGGAAACUAAUGGAAAUGCGCCUUACCACCAACUUGGCAAUAACAUCCAACCGAAUCAAAUUGGUAGACGGCAUCAACUGUAUGUUGGUAAUUUGACAUGGUGGACAAGUGAUCAAGAUAUAACUGAUGCUGUUCAAAGCGUUGGUGUGACUGAUUUUGUGGAAGUAAAGUUUUUUGAGAAUCGUGCCAACGGUCAGUCUAAAGGAUUCUGUGUAAUAUCUCUGGGCUCUGAACAGAGUAUGAGAAUAUGUAUGGAAAGACUGCCCAAGAAAGAAUUGCAUGGACAGAAUCCAGUAGUAACUUUUCCUACCAAACAAGCUCUCAAUCAAUUUGAGUCGCAGUGUAAGACGCGACCUGCUCCGGCUCCACAACAGAGUCAGAGCCAACGUCCUCAUAAUCCACAUCAACAUCAGCCACCAAUGCCACCUCAUCAACAGCAUCCCCAACACCCUCAACAUCCUCAACAUUCACAACAAAAUCACGGUCCUAGAAUGAUGAUGGGUCCUCCACAGGGUGUGAGACCGCAGAGAAUGCCGCCACCUGGAAUGGGUCCGCCAGGUCCUGGUGGGCCAGGUCAACAGGGUCCGCCACGUAUGCAUGGUCCGCCAUUAGGACCAGGUCCAGGACCACAUCAUCCAUUGCCUGGUCAUCCUAAUCAAGGUCCGCCGCCUGGUUAUCAACAGGGGCCGUGGAAUGGGCCACGUCCAAAUGGUCCUCCGGGACCGCCUCGAGGACCUAGUGGACCUGGAGGUCCACCUCAGCAAGGUCCACCUGGACCAGGUCCUGGUCAGCAUAGGCCUCCUGGAAUGAGUUGCACUAGAGACCUUUCAGAAGCCAGUUAUCAUAUACCACAGAGUGAAAUAGAACCUUCAUCUGUCUUCAUUCAGCAAUUUCAUGGUGGUCCACCUGGACCACCCGGACAGGGUCCUCCGCGUGGCCCACCUGGACACUCCUGUAUUGUACCAUAUUAUUUUCGAUCUGCUAACAGCAGAUCGGUAUUACUGAUGAGAAUGUUCGAUAUGUGCAUAGGAAUGCAUCAUGGGCCUCAGGGACCACCAGGUUUCCCUCAACAUCAACAUAUGCAAGGGCCGCAGCCUGGCCAAGGUCCACCACAGAGAGGACCUCCUCCAGGUUCUAUGGGUGGUCCAGGGGGGCCACCUCCAGGACAUGGCGGACCGCCACAGGGCCCUCCUCAAGGACCGCCAGGUGGUCCGGCACCUCAUGUAAAUCCCGCAUUCUUUCCGCAAGGGCCACCUCAUCAACAUCCUGGUCAACAUCCUCCAGGACCUCCCGGUCCACCUCAUGGCCCACCACAUGGGCCACCCCAUGGUCCUCCUCAUGGACCACCUCAUGGUCCGCCACAUGGACAAUCACAUGGACCGCCACAUGUACCACCACAUGGUUACGGACCAAGUGCACAAGCACCUUACGGAGCACCCGGGCCUGAUCAUCGUCCGGAAGGUCCACCACCUCUCACUGAACAAGAAUUUGAAGAGAUAAUGGGCCGUAAUCGUACAGUAUCCUCGUCCGCUAUUGCGCGGGCAGUAUCCGACGCUGCGGCAGGCGAAUAUGCAAGUGCCAUAGAAACUCUGGUAACAGCCAUUUCAUUGAUAAAGCAAUCCAAGGUAGCUGCAGAUGAUAGAUGCAAAAUCUUGAUCAGUUCUCUUCAAGAUACUUUACGCGGUGUUGAGACCAAGAGCUAUGGAUCUGGACGUAGAGAACGCUCACGUUCGCGUGACAGAGAACGUAGUCAUAGAAGACGCCGUGAACGGUCAAGAAGUCGGGAUCGUGAAUAUCGUGAGCGUAGCAGAGACCGGGAACGUGAACGUGACCGAGAACGCGAUCGCGAGAGAGAAAGAGACCGUGAUAGAGACAGAGAACGCUAUUACAGCGAACCAUAUCCGAGAGAGCGAUCACGCAGCAGAGAAAGAGAGCGCGAACGUGAAAGAGAUCGUGAAUAUAGAGAGAGAAGCAGAGAAGAAAGUACAACACGUCAAUCAGCCAGGCCAAGAGUAAAAGAAGAACCGCCAGAGACGGCACCCGUCUCUUCUUCCAAGGCGACUAGGUAUUAUGACGAUCGCUACAGAGAGCGCGAGCGAGAGCGAGAUCGAGAACGAGAAUCAAGCCGAAGACCAUCCGAGCGGGAACGAGAACCGGAACGGGAACGUGAACGAGAACGGGAACGGGAUCGUCGAGAUGAACGAGGAGACUCCUCACAUCGCUCAAGACACUAAAAAAGAAAGAUACAAGCAGCGAAGAUGACGAAAACAAAGCGUGUCGACAUGACAGAGGAUCAGUGAUAAAGCAGUAAAUGGAACAACACACACACUAACACAUUUUGAUCCUCGUCUCUUUAAUCCUUCAAGUAAAAGUAUAUUAUUAUCGCUUAAUAUUGUAUGAACACUUGUGACAUCCAAAGAUUAUUAAUGACACGCGACAUUAUCAAGAAACAUUGUAGGUUAAACGGUAAAAGGGUAAUUUCGAGAUUUGCUUAACGAAUUGCUCUUAGGAUAGUUCAGAAAUUUAGAUUUCACGUAGAAUUCUAAACGUUCUUGUCUUCUUUUAAAAUAGUCGGAUUCGAGCUCAGUAUAGAAUUUCCGUGAAAUCUUGAUCGCGGAGUCCUUUUGUCUUACAUAUAUAUGUAUUAAUAUAAUAAUGCACUACAUGUAUACAUAUAUCUAUGUAACUGUAUUAUGAUUAAGAAAAUAUUCAUUUAAUCCGACAAUGGAUCUGCAGAGUGAAUAGUUAUCGUGUAUGAAUGUCAGGGGAAGGUAAGGAAAAAAAAGACAUCUUGAUUCGAGAUUGCUCAAGAUUAUCAUUCGCAGUGAUAAGAAAUAGAAUUGGAGAACAAGAUGCGACGAGAACAACAGAAUUCGUAUGGAAAGAAGGAAGAACGAAGACAUCGGCACGAGAAAAUCAUCAGCCUUCUACACGGACGAGUUCAAGAUUGUAUCUUAACGUAAUACAUAUAUACGCUUUCAAAAAAAUAUAAAUGCCAAACAUGUCUUUACUUUA